CUUUUUUCUUUCUCAAAGAAACCCUCAUCUAAGCGGCUGUCUAUUAACAAACCAACAACCAGCAGCUAAAGAAAGAAGAAGAAGAAGAUGGGGCACUCAAACAUUUGGAAUUCUCAUCCUAAAACCUACGGUCCUGGUUCUCGCUCCUGCCGUGUGUGUGGUAACUCACACGGAAUAAUCAGGAAGUAUGGUCUCAUGUGCUGCCGACAGUGUUUCCACAGCAACGCUAAGGAAAUUGGUUUCAUUAAGUACCGUUAAGCAGUUAUGAAGAUCUUAUGGAAAAGAGACAUGCUAAUAUGUGAGGAAAUGGCUUCUAGUUAUUUUUCUUAAUCACAUUACAGUAUUGUCUAUGACUUCUUUAUUUGCAUGUUUGUUAUGCUAUUAAAUGUAUUUCUGAGUAAGCUAAGACCAUAUGCUUAUUACAAUAUUUGGGAAGACUACUAUGUUUUGAGAAUUAUAUUUAGUGUGAUACCAUGUUUAAUCCA